GCAACUCACCAGGUCUCCCAAAACGAAACGUCCGUCGCCGGCCCUCCCGCCAGCUGGUCGCUGCGGCCGCGCCAUGCCGAAGCAGAAGCUGCCGAAGCUGCAGGCCAAUGUGAACAGGCGCGCCCAGCAGAUCAUCACAGCGCAUAUGCAGCUGGAGGAACAGGGCAUUGGUACCGUUUCCAACAGCGGAGUACCGAUUCUCUCCAAGCUCGAGCGAACUGCACCCAAAACUGCUCGCACCCACGAUGUGUCGCAUCUUUGCGAUCAGCGAAUGACGCUGGCGCCGUGCAUUCCUGCCUCGCUGAUUGAAGCUGAGGACCAUGUCUACGAGAGCAGCUUCAUGCCUUUGGAUGCCACCAGCCUCUACUCGGAGGACGACGGGCUUUGGCACACCAAGGUAUUCCCCUCUGAGACACCCUCCAGUCGCACAGAUGCCGUGAUGCUGGAUAACUGGGUCAACAAAGCCCUGGCAAAGGUCGAGGACCAUGUCACGGCCACACAGCGGAGCCGCGAUGACUUCUCCCAGACGGUGCGCGAGCUGGUCCCCGUCCUGUCCGUGGCGCUGCAUGAGACUGUCCGGCAGGUGAUGCAUCACUGCCCUGAGCGAGGUCAUGCGCUGGAGAAGAUCUGGCGAACGUAUGUGGAGCUUUUCGAGCGGGUGCUCGACCAGAUGCAGCAGUCCCUGCAGGUCCACAAGGAUCGCACGGAGCAGGUUCAGCUGCACCUGAAGGAUGCCCACCAGGAAGUGCGAGUCCUGAAGCGGGAGCACCCAGAGCAGAUGCACAGCAUCAUCUCCGAGUUGGAGGCCAAGUUCCUUCAGCGCCAGAAGAACUUUGAGUCCGACCUCCAAGAGGCGGAGGAAGAGAACAUGGCGGCCAAGACAGCCAUCCGGACGCAGCACCGAGAGUUGGAGAGUUGGUAUCCAGGAUUUCCGCACUACCAGGACUCAUUUGUGAAAAAUCUAUUACCGCAGCAGGACCAUGGCGGCAUUUCCUCGGCGAUGUUCAAGGAGUCGGCGGAAGACACCGCGCCCGAGGUGGCCAUGGCGGAGGACUUCAAGCGUUUGCUCGCGGCACUGCCGCCAGAAAAGCGCAAGAUCAUAGGCAAAGACCUCAUGGGCCUCAUUGAUGGCGACGAAGUCGAGCGCAUGCAGAAGGAUGACACCCCCUUGAACCUGGAGGAGCAGCAACAAGAGAUCGAAGAGAUCGAGAAGCUGCAGGGGGAGCUGCAGGUCCAGGAGGAGUACAUGAAGGAGCUCAAGAUGGAGAUUGCAAGGUUGGAGGCUGAGAGCCUUCUGCAUGAAGAGGGCUUCACGGACCUCGACUUUGGCGAGGCAGGCCAGCGGCCGGGGGACCUACUGGAUGCACCGGAGGCAGUGAUGGAAGCGGAAAGAAGCAAUAGUGAGGCAAGCUCGGAUGCAGAAGAGAAAAGUCAAAAACAACAACAUCUUUGACGAUGGCAUGCUUAGUCCCU